AGAGAGCGGGCCAGCGGCGGGUGGGGAGCGUGUGCUCGGAGCGCUCGGAGCGAGAUGCUGACAGAUCGCUCCUCUAUGUGCAAGAUGGCGCAAGCGCCGAGUACCCCGCAGCCCCAACGCUCCUAGGCAGCGGCAUGCGGCCCCAGCCUCCAGCUGCCCGGGCUCGGCCGCGGCCCGGGCCCCGAUCUCGGCCCCGGCGCUGUCCCCGAGCGGCCUUGUGAGGACACUAACGGGUCCGGAAGGGGAGCGGAGCGGAGAAGAGCAAAGCACCCCAUGGCUUCGCCGCGCCCCGCGCUCCUGCGCCCCCGCUUCUGGCUGCUGCUCCUUCGGCUGCUGCUGCUGCAGCUUGUUCUCGGAAGCGACCUAGGUCGCUCCACGGAGUUGGCAUUCACUGUGGAACCAAGUGAUGAGAUUGUUGUACCUGAGCAGUCAGUGGUACUGGGCUGCCGAGCAGAAGGUACACCACCCGUUCGGGUCACCUGGAGGAAGAACGGAGUGGAACUUCCAGAGAGUAGCCAUGCCCUUGUGCUGGCCAAUGGCUCACUCCUCCUCCCCAACUUCCGGCCAGAGCGGGGAACUGGUCCUUCGGACGAAGGAGAUUAUGACUGUGUGGCCCAAAAUCGAUUUGGGUUGGUGGUUAGCCGAAAAGCCCGAAUCCAAGCUGCAACCAUGUCGGACUUUCAUGUGCACCCGCAGGCCACUGUGGGUGAAGAGGGUGGAGUGGCCAGGUUUCAAUGCCAAAUCCAUGGGCUUCCCAAGCCCCUCAUCCUGUGGGAGAAGAACCAUAUCCCCAUUGACACAAGGAAUGACAGGUAUACUCUUCUGCCCAAGGGUGUUCUGCAGAUCACAGGGCUUCGGGCCGAGGACAGUGGUAUCUUUCAUUGUGUAGCCUCCAACAUUGCCAGUGUCCGAGUCAGCCGGGGAGCCAGCCUCACUGUGUCAGGCUCCGGCUCCAGUGCCUACAAGGAGCCAACAAUCCUCGUGGGGCCUGAGAACCUGACCCUGACUGUGCAUCAGACGGCUGUGUUGGAGUGUGUUGCCACAGGCAACCCCCGCCCCAUCGUGUCUUGGAGCCGCCUUGAUGGUCGCCCCAUUGGAGUGGAGGGGAUUCAGGUUUUGGGGACAGGAAACCUCAUCAUCUCUGAUGUCACUGUCCAGCACUCCGGCGUCUACGUCUGUGCUGCCAACAGACCUGGCACAAGGGUACGACGUACAGCCCAGGGCCGGCUUGUGGUUCAAGCCCCUGCAGAGUUCAUCCAGCAUCCCCAGUCCAUCUCUCGCCCAGCUGGAACCACGGCAAUGUUUACCUGCCAGGCCCAGGGAGAACCACCCCCCCAUGUUACAUGGCUAAAGAACGGACAAGUCCUGGGCCCUGGAGGCCAUGUUCGUCUCAGGAACAAUAACAGCACACUGACUAUCUCGGGGAUUGGCCCUGAAGAUGAGGCCAUCUACCAGUGUGUGGCAGAGAACAGUGCUGGGUCCUCCCAGGCCAGCGCCCGGCUGACUGUGCUGUGGGCUGAGGGACUCCCAGGCCCUCCCCGGGAUGUCCGUGCAGUCUCUGUGUCUGCCACUUCUGUCCGAGUGUCCUGGAGUGAGCCACUGCUGAAUACCAAGGAGAUCAUUGGCUAUGUCCUGCACAUCAGGAAGGCAGCAGAUCCCCCUGAGCUGGAAUAUCAAGAAGCUGUUAGCAAGAGUACUUUCCAACAGCUGGUGAGUGACCUGGAACCUUCAACAAGCUAUAGCUUCUACAUCAAGGCCUAUACUCCCCGAGGAGCCAGUUUGGCCUCUGUCCCUACCCUGGCCAGCACUUUAGGAGAGGUUCCUGCCCCACCACCAUUCUCCAUCAGGGUUCUGAGUAGCUCCUCUGCCCAGUUACUCUGGGAGCAGCCCCCCAAGCUGACACAGCAGGAUGGUGGCUUCAAGCUUUUUUACCGCCCAGCGAGCCAGGCACUCUUCACCGGCCCCAUUGUACUUCCGGGAACUCUCACAGCCUAUAACAUCACCCAGCUGGAUCCAACUGAGGUGUAUGAGGUAAAGCUCCUGGCUUACAACCAACAUGGGGAUGGCAAUGCUACUGUCCGAUUUGUGUCUCUGAGGGGAGCCUCUGAGAGGACAGCACUGAGCCCCCCCUGUGACUGCCGGAAAGAUGAGACAAGUAAUAAGACCUCUGCCACAGGCAUCAUCAUUGGCAUCCACAUCGGAGUCACCUGCAUCAUAUUUUGUGUCCUCUUCCUUAUGUUUGGCUACAGGGGCAGGCUCCUCCAAUGUAAGGAUGUGGAAGAUCAACUAUCCCCUCCCCAGGGGCCCCGGAACCAGAGGGACCUAGGCAUUCUGGCCCUGAAUGGAAUGGGCCAAGGGGACCGAGGCCGGCUCAACGGGGACGAGAAGCGAUUAGAUUUGAACGAGCUGGAGCAGCUAUUCCCACUCUCUCUGGGUUCAGGGCAGCAGGGAAGCAGACUUGUGCUGGAGCCUGGAUCCCCAGCCUCAUGUGAUGAGACCCAGCUUUCUGCUCUCCCACCUGAUGAGCUCAGCAUACUGGAAGAACAAAUAACUGAGAUGUCCUGUCUGGCUGCAGGCAUCCCACCCCAACAGGAUGAAGUGCCCAGCCCCACUCCCACCAAUGAAGGAUAGUUUGCCAAGACUUACCACAGUCUCUCCAAGAUGCCCCAGCCGGCCACAUUUGGACAAUAGCCAAUGUCUGUUGGGCUCUGAAUGGUGACUUAAAUCUCAGGUCAAAGGAAAGAUUUCUUCUAUCAAGCUAUGUCUGAUCAGAGCCUCCAAGGGCAUUCUCCCAGUGCUCAUCUGGGCUAGAGUCACUGCUAGGGAAUAUAUUCUUUUUUUUCCCUUCAGGUCAUUUAGGCCUGACCCUCUUGCAAGAGAUGCUUCCAUGGGAGUAAUGUGGAGAAGGAGUCUCCCUUGGCGAUCCUUGUAGCCAGCUCCCUGAUGCUUUUCAUGACUCGAGAUUAAUUUUCUUUAAAAAAAAAAAAAACUAAAAAAAAAAAAAGAGAGAGAGAGAGAAAGAGAAAGGAAGGUGAAUCUUUCCAAAUUGACUCUAAAAAUAUUCUCCUUCUUCCCUCUUCAUCCUUGGCCCUGGCCGGGUCCCUCUUAUACUAUUGUUCUUCCAGUUGACUCCGUCCCACCCUGGCCAAGUGGCUCUAUUCACUUCCUCUUUUCUCAGGAUGGUUUUUUGGCUGUUUUGACUCUUGACUACAAAGCGUCAGAGGCACCUCAGCACCUACCUCAGCCGGAAUGAAUGUCCUUGGGGGAGGGGAGGUCCACGGACCCACCCCUCUGAUCCCCUAGAGCCCUGUAGGAGCUUGGUCCUUGCUCUAUCCUACCUCAGGUCCUGACUUUGGGCCCCCCAAGCUCCAGGGCCUCGUUUAGUCCAGAUGUAAAGAGAAAAAGAAAAAAAAAAAAAAAAAAAAAAAAAA